AUACGCAAGGUUACAUGGAAAUAAGUACGUUAUAUAAAUUGGCCCGGUGGUAACUCAGUUUUUAGUCUCAAGAGUUAUUCGUGCAGAAAAAAUGAACUCUUAUAUUUUUGCUAUUUUCGCCCUUUUCAUCGCAUCAGCUUAUGCGGGUGGCUACGGGCUUUUGGGGGGCGGCACCAACAGCUAUGAUUAUGGCGGUUCGUAUGGAACCGCCUCUGCUGGUUAUGGGGGCGGCAGCUACUAUACCAGACCAUAUUAUUCAGGAGGCGGAUAUCCUAGUUCAAUAGGAACUGGUGGUUACUACUCGUCAGGUAGCGGCUACUACCCAAGUGGGGGCGGAUAUGGGGGAUCUGGAUAUGCCGGAUCGUCUGGAUAUGGCGGAUCGUCUGGAUAUGGAGGAUCUGGAAUUUAYGGAAGCUCUGGAGGYUAUGGAGGAUAUGGCGGUUACAACAAAGGAUACGGCAGCAGCAAUGGAGGAUACAGGCCUGGGUACUCUGGAUAUUCUGGAUACGAUGAAUAUGGYCCAGCCGCAUCUAUCCGGUCGCAAAAUGCCGUAGUUGAAAUUGGAAAUAAAAAGUCUGAGUCUUUCAGUACUUCAACCUCUAGAUACGAUGCUUACGAAUUUAGUACUGCAGGAUAUUCGUCUGGACUAGGUGGACAUGGAGGCUACAGAACGAACUAUUUGGGAAGCCCUUAUGGAUACAGAGGAUAUGGUUACAACAGCUAUAGAAAAUAGGGAUAAACUUGUGCUUUAAAACAAAUACUUUGUUGUUUAAAAUUAAUUGGAAUCGCCGAUUAUAUAGAGUGAAGAAGCUUGUUAAUGAUUAAGUAUUAGACUAACUACUGUUGUUUUUAUGUUGAGUACAAUUAUUUACAUGUACAGGGUAUGUGUGAUUAAAAGCUCUGUUUAAUAA